AUCGCUUUUUCGGCGCCGGAGAGUGUUGGGACCAGGGCUGGAGAAGACCGCGGGGGAUAAUCAGCGACAAGAUCCAGUCCUGUGCACGGAGCCUCGUCAGGUCGAACGUGGCGCCGUGCGCUUUUCUAGGGGGGGCUGCACAACAUUCCUGUGAAAUAUAACUGCUAUUAAUGGCAUGUGGCUUGUAACUUUACUCCUGCUGUAUUCUUUGCAAGAAGCCAACAGUGAGGAUGUUGUCUCCACUCGACUGUACUUUGUGAACGCCUCCCUGCAGCGAGUGACCUUCUCCAGCUCAGUGGGGGUGUCCCUGCCCUGCCCUGCGGGCGGCGCCCCCCAUGCCGUCCUGCGUUGGUACCUGGCUGCUGGAGACGACAUUUACGACGUGCCCCAUAUACGCCACGUUCAUGCCAACGGCACUCUCCAGCUCUACCCUUUCUCCCCUUCUGCCUAUAACAGCAUCAUCCACGACAACGAGUACUUCUGCACCGCUGAGAAUCAAGCAGGCAAGAUCCGAAGCCCCAGCAUCCACAUAAAAGCAGGGCAGCAGUCUUCCCAGACUUCCCUCUCCCCAGACAACUUCUCCAGCUCCACUUGGAGAAGCCUGAAGCUUUCCCAGGCCCUUCGAAUGUCUCCAUCCUGUCCUGGGUUUUUCUCUAGUGCUCCUUCUGGUGAGACGUGCCUGGAACACCUCGUCAGAGAGGAAUCCAGAGGGAAUCUGAAAAAAAUGUCCGACCCACCUCGCCUGACCCCUAUUGAUGUAGAGGAGAAGCAGCUGUACUCCACGGUUCUACCAAAUGAUUGGAGCUCCUAA